AUGGGUGGGUGUUUCUCAAAGAAAUCUAUAAAUAAGAAAAGCAGCUCUGCUGGUGAUUUACCUAAUACAGUUCCUAACUUUUUUUUAAAUUCUUAUGAAAAUAUGGAAGGAAGCAACAAAGUAUUUCCAAAUUAUUCUGGUGUAAAUUAUGACAGAAGAAGAUUAUCAGUAAGCCAAAGUGAUCCCGUAAAUGAUUCUGACAUUACUGAUAUACCAAGAGGCAGAGCAGUAUUUAAAGCUUCUUAUAAAGAUUCUCCAAAUUUUAAACCUUCAGAGUUUAAUCCACCCAAUAGGAUUUACAAUGGAGGAAAUAAUAUUUAUAACCAAGGAACAGACAGUUUUGAACUUGGAAAUUCUAGAAGAAGGUUAUCGGUGACGGGAAUGCUUUCUCAAAGGACCCAAGAAACCUUUGAGUCUAAAGCUGAAGAAGUAAUUGGCGAUGAUUCUGGUAACUCUGAACUACAAAGAGGAAUUGGCUAUGUUUGUAGAAAGGGUCUAAAACCUGAGAGCCCUAAUCAGGAUGAUUUCUUUAUAUUAAAAACUGAAAAUUGGGGAUUGUAUGGUGUCUUUGAUGGACAUGGACCGUUUGGACAUGAUGUAAGCAAUUUUAUUCAGAAAGAUAUGCCAGCGUUAAUUUUAAAAGAUAAACAAUGGAAAACUCAUCCACAAGAUGUACUCCACUACGCCUUUAUUAAGGCCAAUCAAAGAUUACAAGAACAUGUUUUAGAGACAAACCAAUUUGACUGUAGCCUUUCUGGAACUACUGCUACGGUAAUUCUUCACUUACCUUUGGAAAACCGAAUUGUUACAGCUCACGUUGGUGAUUCCAGAUCUGUACUUGCAAGAUGGUCGAGAUCAGGAAGAGUUUUAGAAGCAGUGGAUCUUACAAAUGAUCACAAGCCCAAUUCCGAGUCUGAAAAGCGAAGAAUUAUUGCAGCAGGAGGUCAAGUUAAAAGAAUUGAAGGAGACAUUCCCUACCGUGUAUUUAUUAAAGGAAAGAUGUAUCCUGGACUUGCUAUGAGUAGAGCUAUUGGCGACACUCUUGGUUACCAAGCUGGUAUUAUUCCUGAACCGGAUAUAAAUACUUUCCAGAUACAACCAGAAAAAGAUGCAUUUAUUUUGAUUUGUUCUGAUGGUGUUUGGGAGUUCAUUUCCUCUCAAGAAGCAGUUGACAUUAUUGCAGAGGGAGGUUCUUCUGAUGCACAGCUUUCUGCUGAAAAGCUUGCCAGAGAAGCUUGGAGGAGAUGGAUACAAGAAGAAGGCAAUGUUGUUGACGACAUCACUGUUCAGGUUAUUUAUCUUCAUUCCUAA